AAUAUCACUAUAUAUGUAGUUGUUGAUGUAAUGAUGCUCCAUUCCAUCCACCGGAGAGAGUGAAGUUGCAACAACAACUAAAAUCCGAGUUGAGUUCGGAACCGAAACUAGAAUCACCAUUUUCUUUCUCUUCACCCUUUCUUUUCGGCGAUUCUCUCCGAUCCAAUCCAUAGAUUCACCAUUAGCAACAACGAGAUCGAGAUCCAUGUUGUUCGCAUCUUCACUCCUAAUUUUACCUUUAUUCUUAAUAUUUAUAUCUUCCAUUCUAUUUACCUCUUUCGCAUCCAUUCAUAUCUAUAAUCAUGAACCGUUUCAAGAUGUCGGUAAUGCUUUUCUCCUCUCCGGUGGCAGCGAAGGCAUCGCCGCCUCACUCACCGCCACUACACAUCCCGAUUCCAUCCACGAUGGACGUUCUUACAUUCGAUUUGAGAAUAUAACCUUUAGGAGAAGAAAAUAUGAAGCCAAGGCGCGUGGUACAGUGCCAGUACACAUUAUUAUUUUUGAGGCUGCUGACCGUGAUGAUAUAGGCGGUUCUGUUUAUGGCGGACAACGAGCAAUCUGUUGCACCCGUGAUUUAGCAAAGAUGGGAGGUUGUAAGCAAGGAGAGGUUAUCAGGAGAGCUUCUGCAACGGAUAUUAAUUGGCCAGUCAUUGUAGAUGUUUAUUUCAAGGGGAAAUCCCGAAUCGCUAGUUUAGAUUCUAAAGAAGUUCCUAUCACAAAGACUGGAAUGUAUAAUUUGUUUUUUGUAGCUUGUGACCCCAAGCUCAAGGAAAUUGUAAUGACUGGGAAGACAAUCUGGAAAAACCCUGAUGGGUUCUUACCUGGUAGAAUGGCUCCAUUAAAGAAGUUCUAUGUAUAUAUGGCACUGGCUUAUAUCUUUCUUGGCCUUAUUUGGCUCCUUCAGUAUGUGAGGUUUUGGGAUGAUGUACUGCAACUUCAGCACUGUAUCUCAGCUGUCAUUGGUCUUGGAUUGUUUGAGAUGAUUCUCUGGUAUUCUGACUACGCCAAUUUCAACAAUACUGGAGUCAGGCCUAUUAUGGUCACAACAUGGGUUGUUACAAUUGGGGCUAUAAGAAAAACGAUAGCAAGGCUUCUCAUUCUCUCUGUUUCCAUGGGUUAUGGUGUUGUGCGACCCACUCUUGGCGGUCUUACAUCAAAGGUCCUUUUACUUGGAAUAACUUACUUGCUUGCAUCAGAGUUGCUGAAUAUUACUGAAUAUGUGGGGACCAUUAAUGAUGUAUCAGGAAGGGCAAGGCUCAUUCUAGUUCUUCCUGAUGCUUUCUUGGAUGCAUUUUUGAUUUUAUGGAUUUUUACUUCUCUGUCAAAAACACUGGAACAGUUACAGGCAAAACGGAGUUCUGUUAAGUUGGAUAUAUACAGGAAAUUCUCAAAUGCACUACUAGUAACGGUGAUCUCCUCAGUUGUUUGGAUAGGUUAUGAGGUUUAUUUCAAAGCAACAGAUCCAUUUAAUGAACGCUGGCAGACUGCUUGGAUCAUCACUGCAUUCUGGGAUGUUCUUGCAUUUGCACUACUCUGUGUAAUAUGUUAUCUCUGGGCGCCUUCCCAGAGCUCUCAAAGGUAUGCAUACUCAGAGGAAGUGGGAGAAGAAUCUGAUGAUGAAGAAGCUCUGUCUCUAACUAAGGGAAAGCAAGAAGGUCAAGGAGAAAUAAGUUUGGUCAGGCAAGAGAAGAAUGCCCGAAAUGAUGCAUCUUCUGAUGAAGACGACGAAUCAGAUGAGGAUAAAAGGGAGUGAGCUUUUAACAGAAUUCUUUUACCACGUUUGUACUGUUUUCCCUGCUGGGCUUUUAAGUCACAAGACUUCUGCCCCAAUCCUCGGCCAGAGCUGUUGUAAAAUUUUGUUCAUUUGUACUGAAACGUAGGUGCUUCAUAUUCUUUGACCCAAAUUUGUUUUUUAACAUGUAUGUAAUUAAUGUAUAACAAGUGUUACCUGUGUUGAUGCUCAAA